AGAAUGUGAGUUACAUGUCAGAGUAAAACCAUAUAAACUUCUAAAAUAAAUUGAUGUAUUAAAUUGAUUAUGAAUUUUAUCAAAUCACCAAGGAAUAGGAGAGCCAUUUGAUACAAACUUAUUGAAUUGUUUUGUUUAGGUCUCACCUUCUUGCAAAGUUUAAUGUCCGGCCCGUUGCUUAAACGAACCCUCCGGCCGAUCGGAAACUCCACCGUUAACCUCCAAUUUUCCUCUUCCUUUUUCUCAUCCUCACCGCCCGCGGAACCUUCGCCGUCGACGAAACCCUCAAUUUCCACUGUCGUUUCAGUUCUCACUCACCAACGCUCAAAAUCACGCUGGCGAUUCCUCAACUCCCUCUGUCCCAACGGCUUCGAUCCCGGCGAGUUUUCCGAUAUCGUUCUCCAAAUCAAGAACAAUCCUCAUCUAGCCCUCCGUUUCUUCCUCUGGACUCAGAACAAAUCCCUCUGCAAUCACAAUCUCAUUUCUUACUCGACCCUCAUCCACAUCCUUGCUCGCGGUCGACUCAGAACUCAUGCCAAGGAUGUUAUUCAAACCGCCAUUAGGGCUGCGGAGCUCGAAGAUAGCGAUAAUUAUUCUGAAUCUGAGCGGUUCUCUUCUUCGAGGCCUUUGAAGCUUUUUGAAACCCUCGUCAAGACAUAUAAACGGUGUGGCUCUGCCCCCUUUGUGUUUGAUUUAUUGAUUAAAGCUCUUCUGGAUUCUAAAAAGCUCGAUUCAUCCAUUGAAAUUGUUAGAAUGUUACGGUCUCGUGGGAUUAGCCCACAAGUUAGUACGUUGAAUUCGUUGAUUUUGUUGGUGUCAAAAUGCCAGGGGGCUAAUGUAGCUUAUGCAAUUUUUACAGAGGUUUUUGGUUUAGAUUGUGAAAUAGAGAAAGAACAUGUGAAAUUGAAGGGUAGAGUUAGUCCUAAUGUUCAUACUUUUAACACAUUAAUGGACUGUUUUUAUCAAGAUGGGUUUGUAGGGAGGGUGAAGGAGAUUUGGGAUCAAUUGGCUGAUUCAAAUUCAAUUCCAAACAGCUAUAGUUAUAGUAUCCUAAUGGCAGUUUUAUGUGAAGAGAAGAGAAUGGGAGAAGCAGAGGAAUUGUGGGAAGAAAUGAAAAUGAAGAAGUUGGAACUUGAUGUUGUAGCUUACAAUACAAUAAUUGGAGGAUUUUGUAAAGCAGGAAAUACUCAGAGAGCUGAAGAGUUCUAUAGAGAAAUGGAACUCAGUGGAAUAGAGAGUACUUUCUCCACCCUUGAACAUCUCAUCAACGGCUAUUGUGACACUGGAGAUGUUGAUUCUGCAUUACUUGUGUACAAGGAUAUGCGUAGGAAACGGUUUAGUCUCAAUGCGUCAACGCUUGAAGGACUUAUUGAAGUGUUGUGUGCUGAGAGAAGGCUUUUAGAAGCUUUAGAUGUUUUUGGUUUUGCCGUUGAAGACUCUAGCUUUUGUCCUACAAUGGAAACUUUUGAAGUUCUGAUAAAUUGGUUGUGUCAAGAAGGGAAAAUUGAAGGUGCAUUUAAGCUUCAAGCGCAGAUGGUAGGGAAAGGUUUUAAGCCAAAUUUGAAGAUUUAUCAAUCGUUUAUCGAUGCUUACAUGAAAGAAGGAAAUGCAGAAAUGGUUGAGAAAUUGGGGAAGGAAAUGCAUGAAAUCCAGCUGAGUUGAGAAGGGAAUUGUAUCGCAUUGUAUCUCUCCAUCUCCACAAUGCAGCUGAUCAAGAAGUUUCUAUUGGCAAGAGAGGAAACAUGUAUGCAUCCCAAAUCCUUUGUAUGUUUUCUGUUGGCUGCUUCUUCUGUCUCACCUCAUCUUUCGAGUUGACCUACGUAAGAGUACUAACACCAGUUUGGCGCCAAGUAAACCAAACUCCAAUGUAUAAGUUAGUACUAUGUAUAUAUGGUUUAGUUGUACUCCAAUGUAUAAGUUAGUACUAUGUAUAUAUGGUUUAGUUGUACAGAAUUAUUUUUUGAAAUUUACCUACUCUUCUUUUGAGUUG